GCUGCGCGAGGCAGGCAGGCGGGCGGAGGAUGGGGCAGUGCCCGGGCUCCCGCUGCAGCCGCCCGGGGACACGCCGUGCACCCUCCGGCUCGGGGCUUUCUCGGUGGCGGCGGCAGCGUUAGCGGCGGCGGCGAGAGCAGCGUUCCCGGCUGCGCUUCUCCCUCAGGCGGGGCGGCGAGAGAAGCGGCGGCGGCGGCGGCACACCGGUGUCUCUCCCGCUGGAGAUUUCUUUCUGCUUUCCUCAUCGACUGACUGACUCACCCCCUCCCUUUUUUGAGGAAGGGUGACCUCUUCUCUGGGACUGGAAAAAAUAUUUUUGUGAGGAGGGGGGCGGGUGGCAGCGACAGGGUUUGCUUCUUCUCUUCUUUCAUCUCCCUCUCCUCCUCCCUCGAAGACCGAAAAGCAAACCCCACAACUGCUCCAGCAGCAUCCUCCUUCCCUUCCUCCGCCUCCCUUCUCCUCCGCCGCUCGCAGUUUCGCCCUCUCCUCCGCUAAUGAUUGCAUUAUUAUGCUCCCCUCUCUGGGGGGUCUCGCCCCUUUUGGGUCGCUCCGGAGCCCCGGCCUCCCCUGGCUGCAUUUCUUAAAAAUUUGGGAGACUGGGAGUGAGUUUUCUCCGAGGCGUGUGUGAGAGGCGGCGGGGGUGUUUUCCUGCGCGAGGGGCGGGUGAAGUUCAUUGCCCCCACUUUUCCCGCGACCUUUUUCGGACCCGAUUUUGGAUCGGGUUAAGGGGGGCGCGGGCGUUUUCGGGGGGCGGGGGGCGCGGCGGAGAAUGGCCGCGGGGAGGGCUCCCCGGAGCCUCCCAGUCUCUUGAUCAAAGCAUUCCGCUAUUCUGAUUUAUUGCCUGCUUGGUGAGUUAUUUUUUUUCCUCUAAAGGAGACCUGUGUGUUCAGCCAUUACUUUGCUCGGCGCUGCUCCCAGGCAUCUCCGACCCUCGGUGCUGUGGGGAGCCCCACACUUGGGCUCCUCGCCUCUCGCCCUCGCUCCCCGUCCCUCCUCCCCUCUCUCCGCCCCUUCCCCCUUUUCUUUCUCCUCUCUUUCUUCCCCUCUCUCCCUUCUUUCGGCCGCCGUCUCCCCCGCGCCCUCCUCGGGGCGGAGGGAAGCCGUGAAGGGGGAGGGAGGGCUCGGUGUCAAUUUUUUUUGUGUGGCCGCGGCCGUAGCCUGUGGCGGGCGAGCGGGGAGACCCCGGCGCAGCAGAGCCAUGGAUGGCCCGACGCGGGGCCAUGGACUCCGCAAAAAGCGGCGGUCGCGGUCGCAGCGAGACCGGGAGAGGCGCUCCCGGGGCGGGCUAGGGGCCGGCGCGGCCGGCGGCGGCGGGGCUGGCCGGACCCGGGCGCUCUCACUCGCCUCGUCGUCGGGCUCCGACAAGGAAGACAAUGGGAAGCCCCCGUCCUCCGCCCCGUCCCGGCCCAGACCCCCGCGGAGGAAGCGGAGAGAGUCCACCUCGGCCGAAGAGGACAUCAUUGAUGGAUUUGCCAUGACCAGCUUUGUCACUUUUGAAGCGCUGGAGAAAGAUGUAGCACUUAAGCCUCAGGAACGUGUGGAGAAACGCCAGACGCCCCUGACCAAGAAGAAACGAGAAGCACUUACCAAUGGCUUGUCCUUUCAUUCAAAGAAGAGCAGACUCAGCCACCCACACCACUACAGCUCAGAUCGAGAAAAUGACCGCAAUCUCUGCCAGCACCUUGGGAAGAGAAAGAAAAUGCCGAAGGCACUCAGACAGUGUGACAGUGACAGUGACCAGGAAGAGAAGGCAUCGGAUGCCAGCUCUGAAAAACUCUUCAACACUGUUAUUGUAAACAAAGAUCCGGAGUUAGGUGUUGGCACGCUACCAGAACAUGACAGCCAGGAUGCAGGGCCGAUUGUCCCCAAGAUAUCGGGUCUAGAGAGAAGCCAGGAGAAGAGCCAGGACUGUUGCAAAGAGCCGAUCUUUGAGCCUGUGGUGCUUAAAGACCCCUGCCCUCAGGUCGCACAGCCGAUACCCCAGCCCCAGACGGAGCCCCAACUCCGAGCUCCUUCUCCAGACCCUGACUUGGUGCAGCGCACAGAGGCCCCACCUCAGCCCCCACCUCCGAUUACACAGCCACCACAGGGCCCUCCUGAGGCCCAGCUCCAGCCCACCCCGCAGCCUCAGGUGCAGAGGCCACCCAGGCCACAGUCCCCCACCCAGCUGCUCCAUCAGAACCUCCCACCUGUGCAGGCCCACCCCUCCGCUCAGAGCCUCUCCCAGCCAUUGUCAGCCUACAACAGCAGUAGCUUAAGCCUCAACAGUUUAAGCAGUAGCAGAAGCAGCACUCCAGCAAAGACUCAGCCCGCCCCUCCUCACAUCUCCCACCACCCCUCUGCCUCCCCAUUCCCCCUCUCCCUGCCCAACCACAGCCCCCUGCACAGCUUCACACCCACCCUCCAGCCCCCCGCACACUCACAUCACCCCAAUAUGUUUGCCCCUCCCACUGCUCUGCCUCCUCCACCACCACUGACAUCAGGAAGUCUGCAGGUGGCCGGACACCCUGCCGGGAGCACUUACUCAGAGCAAGACAUCUUGCGACAGGAACUGAACACUCGUUUUUUGGCCUCUCAGAGUGCUGACCGCGGGGCUUCGCUGGGCCCUCCGCCCUACCUGCGGACCGAGUUCCAUCAGCACCAGCACCAGCACCAGCACACCCACCAGCACACGCACCAGCACACCUUCACGCCGUUCCCCCACGCCAUCCCGCCCACCGCCAUCAUGCCGACGCCAGCACCUCCCAUGGUGCGUACCCCAGGCAGAAAUUUUGACAAAUACCCUACAAAAGUUGACCCAUUCUACCGGCACAGUCUCUUCCAUUCCUAUCCUCCUGCAGUGUCGGGCAUCCCCCCUAUGAUCCCGCCCACUGGCCCUUUUGGUUCACUACAAGGAGCAUUUCAGCCGAAGACAUCCAACCCUAUCGAUGUCGCUGCUCGGCCUGGGACAGUCCCACACACUUUACUACAAAAGGACCCGAGGUUGACAGAUCCUUUCAGACCUAUGUUAAGGAAACCAGGGAAGUGGUGUGCUAUGCAUGUUCACAUCGCCUGGCAGAUUUACCACCACCAACAGAAAGUCAAGAAACAGAUGCAGUCAGACCCACAUAAGCUGGACUUCGGGCUGAAACCUGAGUUCCUGAGCCGCCCUCCAGGCCCCAGUCUCUUUGGAGCCAUCCACCACCCCCAUGACCUGGCACGGCCUUCAACUUUGUUCUCUGCCGCUGGUGCUGCACACCCAACUGGGACCCCUUUUGGGCCACCUCCUCAUCACAGCAACUUCCUCAACCCUGCUGCCCACCUAGAGCCUUUUAAUCGGCCGUCUACAUUCACAGGCCUAGCAGCCGUUGGUGGCAAUGCCUUCGGGGGACUUGGAAAUCCUUCCGUCACACCCAACUCAAUGUUCGGCCACAAGGAUGGCCCCAGUGUGCAGAACUUUAGCAACCCUCACGAACCCUGGAACCGGCUGCACCGAACGCCUCCGUCGUUCCCGACCCCUCCGCCCUGGCUGAAGCCAGGGGAGCUGGAGCGCAGCGCGUCCGCUGCAGCUCAUGACAGAGAUAGAGAUGUAGAUAAACGAGACUCAUCUGUUAGUAAAGAUGACAAAGAAAGGGAAAGCGUCGAGAAGAGACACUCCAGCCACCCUUCACCAGCACCUAUCCUCCCGGUGAAUGCCCUGGGACAUACCCGCAGCUCCACUGACCAGAUCCGGGCUCAUCUGAACACUGAGGCUCGGGAGAAGGACAAACCCAAAGAGAGGGAGAGAGACCACUCGGAAUCCCGCAAGGACCUGGCCGCCGACGAGCACAAGGCGAAAGAGGGCCACCUGCCCGAGAAGGACGGGCACGGCCACGAGGGGCGCGCCGCGGGCGAAGAGGCCAAGCAGCUGGCCCGGGUGCCGUCUCCCUACGUGCGGACCCCGGUGGUGGAGAGUGCCAGGCCCAACAGCACCUCGAGCCGGGAGGCCGAGCCGCGCAAGGGUGAGCCGGCCUACGAGAACCCCAAGAAGAGCUCCGAGGUCAAGGUGAAGGAGGAGCGGAAGGAAGACCACGACCUGCCUCCAGAGGCCCCGCAGACCCACCGGGCCUCAGAGCCGCCGCCUCCCAACUCCUCGUCCAGCGUGCACCCGGGGCCCCUGGCCUCGAUGCCCAUGACGGUGGGGGUGACGGGCAUUCACCCUAUGAACAGCAUCAGCAGCCUGGACAGGACUCGCAUGAUGACCCCCUUCAUGGGCAUCAGCCCCCUCCCGGGCGGAGAGCGCUUCCCGUACCCUUCUUUCCACUGGGACCCCAUCCGAGACCCCUUGAGGGAUCCUUACCGAGAACUUGACAUUCACCGGAGAGACCCGCUGGGCAGGGACUUUCUGCUAAGGAACGACCCGCUCCACCGGCUCUCGACUCCCCGGCUGUACGAAGCCGACCGCUCCUUCAGGGACCGGGAGCCUCACGACUACAGCCACCACCACCACCACCACCACCACCCACUGUCUGUGGACCCUCGGCGGGAGCACGAGCGGGGAGGUCACCUGGACGAGCGGGAGCGCUUGCACAUGCUCAGAGAAGACUACGAGCACACGCGGCUCCACUCCGUGCACCCCGCCUCCCUCGACGGACACCUCCCCCACCCCAGCCUCAUCACCCCGGGACUCCCCAGCAUGCACUAUCCCCGCAUCAGCCCCACCGCGGGCCACCAGAACGGACUCCUCAACAAGACCCCUCCGACAGCAGCGCUGAGCGCACCUCCCCCGCUCAUCUCCACGCUGGGGGGCCGCCCGGUCUCUCCCAGAAGGACGACUCCUCUGUCCGCAGAGAUAAGGGAGAGGCCCCCUUCCCACACGCUGAAGGAUAUCGAGGCCCGAUAAGCCGAGAACAGGAGCACGAAUGAGGAAGAAGCAGCCCUAGGCAGACACCAGGCCAGACUUGAGAGACAGAACUCCUGCACGGCUCACAUAGACUGCGGGGGCGGGGAAGCCCCACCUCUUCCCCUUGUAAAAAAUGUAUAGACUCUGCACAUUUUGAAAUGUUUUGUAUAUUAUAUGUUGAGAUUUUUCAGAUCUUUUAGCCCAGUCAUAUGUUCUCACGUCUCCUACUUUUUCUUUCUCGUAUAAAACUUUUUGAUUUGAACCAAAACAGUGAAGAUGACAACACACACCAAUUGGAUGGUAAUUUUGGGGGGGCGGGGGGGAGAAGUCCACGCCAUCCAUCAUGCAGAAUUCUUUCAGAUGAGGUGGGAAGACAGACAGUGUACAUAGUUAUGUAAAAAGAGAUUGCUUCAUGAGCUAAUGGUUCAUAUAUGCAAAAGGGUAAGAUGAAAGCUUUACUUUGUACAAAUGUAAAUAGAUAAAGAUUAAGUAACAUAAUACAUUAAUACUUCUUACAAUGUGCUACUUGCAAACUUACUUAAUAUCAGUGAACACAGUCGGCUAAGGCUGUGUUCCCAUAUAUUGUUAUAGACAGCUAAACCCUUCAACUAUGCAAUGAAUGUUCGGGCUUUUCACAAAAGCCCGCCUAACUCAAAGGAGCCUUUUCAAAUCCAUUUACAACAUACUUAAGGUCAUAUUUUCCCUGAACAAGCGCUUACGUGAUAUGACUCUGUUUUCCUUGCUUGUUUUUUUUCAAACGGAGAAACAUCCUAUUUUGCAAAUUGGACCCCAGGCUGGAACUUAGCAUCUGAAGUUGCCGCUUGUGGGCUCUGGGGAAAAGUGCAGCCCCAGAGAGGUAACUGAGGACAUGAGCAACCGGUGCCAGGGAGGGUGGGAUUCGCCAGAUGCCAAAAUCAGGGGACGGGUGGUGGUGUCUGUCAGACACACACAGGUCGCCAGUGACUUCACACACACCUCAUGUGAGAACCAUGCCUUUUUUAGUGUGUCCUAUUUCAUACCUGUACACACUUCCUCGUUUUGUAAUGAGAUUUACUUACACCCAAACAGAUCCUGAAAGAAAGCUUCAAGUUUUCUCAGAUGAUGGAUAUGUUUUCACUGUAUUCAAUAACUGACCGAUGUAAGGUGCACGUUUCCUGAUGUGACGCACUGUAUUCCAGCUGGUGAUCAAGUCUGGGAAUAGCCGUAACAGGUCAACCUUGUGGAGCCAUCGCGAGUUAGAGGGUGAAAGAUGGCAGAAAAAAAGUCUUGUGUGUGAGUGUGUUUUUUGAGUUUGCAUCAAUCUUAAUGUCUCUUCAUAAUACUUUUAUAAUACAUUAAGCCUCUUGUCUACAUACUUGGAGAGAAUAUGACUUUACUAGCAGAGAAAUACAAUAUAUCUUGUCUACUGGACUGUAAAAUAUAUGUAUGAAAUAAAAUUAGUUCCAUUUGGUCUUCUAGUAUAUUAAAGUGCUAUCUGACGUUGUUAUCCUGUUUUUGCAAAAAAAAAAAAAAAAGUUAACUACAGACCAUUGUUUCUAAUAAGCAGAGAGAUCUAUUUUAGUAGUAAACUGAAGGUUUAGUUGUGAGCUUCAGAUUUUGUGAACUCCAGAUGUUGUGCGGUGUUUUUUUUUUUUUGUUAUUUUGUUUUUUUGUUUUUUUUUUUUUUUAAAGACAACAACUAAAAAAAAAAAAAAAAUCCAAGGAAUAUGUACACUGGAACUGUAGUGGUAGCUUUCAGUAUUGUAAAGAGAUUGUUCUAUACGGACCUUUUUGCUGUUUAUCCUGUAUGUAAUAAAGUCCUUUCUAGAUCCUAUGUGAAAAGAAAAGUGAAGCAACUGAAUCUUCAGCAUGUUCUCAUCGGCGGAGCCUUCUUGUGUAAUGUAAACUGUGCCAUGUUAUUAAAAAAUGUGAACUAAGCUUCCAA